ACCCCAAUCCAAAGACUCUUCAUUCCAAACACCGACCCAACCGAACGCAAGACAUUGAACAUCAAAACCAAGUUAUACUCCUUCCUUAGGAUCACACAUGAUACACGAGGAGAUAGACAGUUCGAGAGACAGACACACUGAACGAACCCAUCAACACUUUAGGUCUCAAUUCAUCAUCCAAAACCCUUUUUUUGAUUCGCAUCAAUCAGGUACUUCAAUUACGCCACCACACGCAUAUAUACAUACCAGUUGAGAAUCAAAUCUGUGUCUUCAAUCGAUCUUCAAGCUUUAGAGUUUUCAAUUGUUUUAAUCAGUUCUUAUAUGGGUUUAAUUAGAUUUUAUUGAUUCAUGCCCUAAUUGAACUGGGUUUUCAUUCUUUGUUUGUUGGAAUUCUGUGAAUCAAUCCCUUUUUGUGAUGACAUCGUCAAUUUUGCAUUAUGUGCAAAAUUUAUUCCCUUUUUUAGCACCCAAAUUCGAUGAUUUGAGAGUCUCAGAUGGGUUAGUUCGCAAAUUAUCAGUGCCUAAACACACGAAAGAAUUUAUAUUUGCGAUUGGAGAACCCGAAUCGCAGGCUGUGAUAUACGUACUCUGUGCUCAGAAUCUGUCUGAGAGAUCAGCUUUGGAUGCUGAGUUUCUUAUUAGGGAAAUUAAACCUGAUGCUGUUGUUAUUCAAGUGGGUCAUGGGGCUGUGGAUGAGAUUCAAUCCAAAGAUAUUGAAUUUAGGGUUGAUAUAGCCGUUCCGACUUCGUCGGUUGAAGUUUUGAAGAGGUGCUUUAUUCAUAAGAUUAAUAAAGAUAAGUAUGAAAAUGUGGCUGGGAGUUUGGUUUUGAGAGAGAUUUUUGGGAUUAGUAUUCAUGGGCAUUUCUUGGCUGCCAAAAGGGUGGCUGAAGAAGUUGGUUCGUCGUUCUUGUUGCUUGAAUCUCCUUUUGUGAAAUGUGGUGGGGAUAACAAGUUUCCCAACGGGGAAGUUGAAUUGGGAAACAAGUUCCAAGCUUUAGCCAUACAGCCUAGCAGUUUGGUUCCACAAAAGUUGGGUUCGAUUGUUCCUUCAAGUUCGAGGAGAUUUUCUCUUACGAAUGACCUUUAUUUGCAGAUGUCAAAGUCAAUAUCUUCGUAUUUCACUCGAUCAAUUUCUGUUUCAGAGGUGGGUUCUAGCGAGUUUCAGCCAAGAGUGGAUUAUGAGGCCCCACCAUUUGCCCAGUUGAUAUAUCCCUUACUUGUGGAUUUACACAAUAUUUUUGUUGAUAUCCCUUCGAUUGGAAGGGCUUUAGCUUAUGCACAAAAGAUGCUUAGUGACGUGAACAAAGGAGAAAUUGUUGAUAUCAAGCUACUAUCUGAUGUUUAUGUUUUUCAGAUUGCAGUUGAGGGAUUGAGAAUUGCUCUCAACAACGCUGGUCGGCUUCCUAUGAACAAAAUGGGUAACACGAACUCAGCUAAAACUGAGUUUUCACAGCUUGAUGUUGAGGAAAAGUCGCAUGCUCUUCUCGCUCAGGCCCUUAGAAGCCAGACAAAAAAGUUCAAAUCCAUAGUGGCAGUAAUCGAUGCCAGUGAGUUGGCUGGCCUUAGAAAACAUUGGAACACUUCAGUUCCUUCUGAGAUCAAGGACAUGGUGGAACAAUUGAUUACAAAUUGUGAAAAUGACAAGGGAAUUUCAAAUCACAAUGACAAAAAACGGUUAUUAUCCAAUAAACCAAUGGUGGCAGUUGGGGCGGGAGCGACUGCUAUUUUAGGAGCUUCAUCACUCUCUAAAGUUGUCCCUGCAUCGACCUUCAUGAAGAUUGUUACCUUUAAAGUUCCCGCUUCACUUAAACUUAUUUUGACCCAAACCCAAAAGGUAGUUUCUUUUGCACUUAGCAAGACUGUUGGUCCUUCAAAACUGGUAGCCCCGGGAUUUGGAGCCAAAGCAACUUCUGCCUUGAAAGCAACAGCUUCUGCUGAAAAAAUUCGGGUUGUGGCCCACAGUAUGAUAGCAUCUGCAGAGAAAACCAGUCUUUCUGCAAUGAGAACAGCAUUUUAUGAGAUAAUGAGGAAACGGAGGAUCCGGCCAAUUGGGUUUCUUCCAUGGGCUACAUUUGGGUGUAGUAUUGCUACGUGCACAGGGUUGCUUGUGUAUGGCGAUGGAAUUGAAUGUGCUGUUGAGUCUAUUCCUUCAGCUCCUUCAAUUGCCAGUUUGGGUCGUGGAAUCCAAAGUUUACACCAAGCAUCUCAAGCAGUGAGGCAAUCAGAAAGCUCCCGGAUACAGAAAUCUAUAGAAUCCCUAAUGUAUAGAUUAAGAAAGUGAAGGGGUCAAUAAAGUAAGAAAAUGAAACUUUUCUGGAGGUGUAUACUAGUUAAUUUUCUUCUAAUUAAAGAUUUUGGAGGUUUUCGUCUGUACAUAGAAUCUAGAGCAGAGGCUUUUUGGUUUGUGAUGGAUGUUGAUUUCAUUGUCUGUUUUAUUUAUUUGUAGCUUCAAAGCAUAGACAAGUUAGUAAUGAUAAUUCAUGAAAAAUUUUGGUUGGAUGCUUGCUCUAUGUUGACUAUCAGUCUGUAUUGUUUCUAUUUGUGUGAAUUUUUUAAGUUCAAUUCUAAUGAUAAGCUUCUAUCUA